UCAUCUAAUACUUCCUAUUAGAAGAAAUAUGUGAAAUUUCCUGCGAACCUGUGAGAAUUUCUUCCUUCGGCCAUUUUUUGUUCUACUUACUGGGCAACUUCCUCAGAAGUUCCUUUCUGAUGCCAUGUCCUGUGGCUCGCAUCAAAAGAGGAGUUUGUCUUCAUGAAGAUUCCUAACAUUGGUAAUGUGAUGAAUAAAUUUGAGAUCCUUGGGGUUGUAGGUGAAGGAGCCUAUGGAGUUGUACUUAAAUGCAGACACAAGGAAACACAUGAAAUUGUGGCAAUCAAGAAAUUCAAGGAUAGUGAAGAAAAUGAAGAGGUCAAGGAAACGACUUUACGAGAGCUUAAAAUGCUUCGCACUCUCAAACAGGAAAACAUCGUGGAGCUGAAAGAAGCUUUUCGUCGGAGGGGGAAAUUAUACUUGGUGUUCGAGUAUGUUGAAAAAAAUAUGCUUGAAUUGCUGGAAGAAAUGCCAAAUGGAGUUCCACCCGAAAAAGUAAAAAGUUAUAUCUAUCAGCUAAUCAAAGCUAUUCACUGGUGCCAUAAGAAUGAUAUUGUUCAUAGGGAUAUAAAGCCAGAAAAUCUCUUAAUCAGCCACAAUGAUGUUUUGAAGCUGUGUGACUUCGGUUUUGCUCGGAAUCUAUCAGAAGGCAAUAAUGCUAAUUAUACAGAGUAUGUGGCCACCAGGUGGUAUCGGUCCCCAGAACUCUUACUUGGAGCUCCCUAUGGAAAAUCUGUAGAUAUGUGGUCAGUGGGCUGUAUUCUUGGGGAGCUUAGUGAUGGACAGCCUUUAUUUCCCGGAGAAAGUGAAAUUGACCAACUUUUUACUAUUCAGAAGGUGCUAGGACCACUUCCAUCUGAGCAGAUGAAGCUCUUCUACAGUAAUCCUCGAUUCCAUGGGCUCCGGUUUCCAGCUGUUAACCAUCCUCAGUCAUUGGAGAGAAGAUACCUUGGAAUUUUAAACAGCGUUUUACUCGACUUAAUGAAGAAUUUACUGAAGUUGGACCCUGCUGAAAGAUACUUGACAGAACAGUGUUUGAAUCACCCUGCAUUUCAAACCCAGAGACUUUUGGAUCGCUCGCCUUCAAGGUCAGCAAAAAGAAAACCUUACCACGUGGAAAGCAGUACUUUAUCUAAUAGAAACCAAGCCAGCAAAAGUGCUGCUUUGCAGUCUCACCACAGAUCUAACAGCAAGGACAUCCAGAACCUAAGUGUGGGUCUGCCUCGAGCUGACGAAGGCCUACCUGCCAACGAAAGCUUCCUAAACGGAAACCUUGCUGGAGCUACUCUUAGUCCUAUGCACACCAAAACCUACCAAGCAAGCAGCCAGCCCGGCUCUACCAGCAAAGAUCUUACCAACAACAACAUACCACACCUUCUCAGCCCAAAAGAAGCCAAGUCAAAGUCAGAGUUUGAUUUCAACAUUGACCCAAAGCCUUCGGAAGGCCCGGGCACGAAGUACCUCAAGUCGAACAGCAGAUCCCAGCAGAACCGCCACUCGUUUAUGGAAAGCUCUCAGAGCAAAGCCGGGACCCUGCAGCCCACUGAAAAGCAGAGUCGACACAGCUAUAUUGACACCAUUCCCCAGUCCUCUAGGAGUCCGUCCUACCGGACCAAGGCCAAAAGCCAUGGGGCAUUGAGUGACUCCAAGUCUGUGAGCAACCUUUCUGAAUCCAGAGCCCAAAUUUCAGAGUCCAAUACCAGUAGGUACUUCCCAUCCAGUUGCUUGGACCUGAACUCUCCGACCAGCCCGACUCCCACCAGGCACAGCGACACGAGAACUUUGCUCAGCCCCUCGGGGAGAAAUAACCGAAGCGAGGGCACUCUGGACUCACGCCGAACCACAGCCAGGCAUUCAAAAACGAUGGAUGAGUUGAAGUUGCCAGAGCACGUGGACAGCAGCCAUUCUCAUUCGCUGUCUGCACCUCAUGAAUCCUUUUCUUAUGGGCUGGGCUACACCAGCCCCUUUUCCUCCCAGCAGCGCCCACAUAGACAUUCCAUGUAUGUGACCCGGGACAAAGUGAGAGCCAAAGGCUUGGACGGAAGCUUGAGCGUAGGGCAAGGGAUGGCGGCCAGAGCCAACAGCCUACAGCUCUUGUCACCCCAGCCUGGGGAACAGCUCCCUCCAGAGAUGACUGUGGCGAGAUCUUCUGUGAAAGAACCCUCCAGAGAAGGCACCUCUGCUUUCCACACACGGCAGAAAUCUGAGGGUGGAGCAUAUCAUGACCCCCACUCUGAUGAUGGCACUGUCCCCAAAGAAAAUAGACAUCUGUACAAUGAUCCCGUUCCGAGGAGAGUUGGCAGCUUCUACCGAGUGCCAUCUCCACGCCCAGAUAAUUCUUUCCAUGAUAAUAAUGUGUCAAGCAGAGUUUCUUCUCUGCCAUCAGACAGCAGUUCUGGAACCAACCACUCAAAAAGACAACCAGCAUUUGAAACUUGGAAAAGUCCUGAAAACAUCAGUCAUGCCGAACAGCUCAAGGAAAAGGAAAAACAAGGUUUUUUCAGGUCAAUGAAAAAGAAAAAGAAGAAAUCUCAAACAACAGAUUCCACCAACGGGGAGAAUCCAAGCAUCAAGAAAUCCCUCUUUCCUCUUUUUAAUUCAAAGAAUCAUUUAAAGCAUAGUUCUUCUUUGAAAAAGCUUCCUGUAGUCACUCCACCCAUGGUGCCCAAUUCUGAAGGCCCCGAUCUUCUGACAUUGCAGAAAGCCAUUCACUCUGUUAACACCCCAAGCAGCAGACCAAAGGAGUGGCGUCCUGAGAAGAUCUCCGAUCUACAGACUCCAAGCCAGCCAUUAAAAUCACUGCGCAAGCUGUUGCAUCUCUCUUCAGCUUCCAAUCACCCGGCUCCGGCGGACCCCCGCUUCCAGCCCUUAACAGCUCAACAAGUCAAAAAUGCCUUCUCAGAAAUUCGGAUUCACUCCCUGGGCCAGGCCUCUGGCGGAAGCAGUAACAUCCGGCAGGAGCCGACACCAAAGGGCAGGCCAGCCCUUCAGCUGCCAGGUCAGAUGGACCCUGGUUGGCACGUGUCCUCUGUGACCCGGAGUGCCACAGAAGGGCCUUCUUACUCUGAACAGCUGGGAGCCAAGAGUGGGCCAAAUGGGCACCCUUAUAACAGAACAAAUCGGUCUCGAAUGCCAAAUCUGAAUGAUUUAAAAGAGACGGCCUUGUAAUGUGUGC